CAAAAUAAAGACAAUUUGGGAGGUGCCUGCCUUCACCCUGCUCGCAUUUCAGAAGUAAACGGAUCGUGUGGUCCACCAAGUCCCGGCUUCCUUCUGGAAGUUUCUCUGGGCUACAGUAUAAAGUUGGUCCCGAUGUUGAGCUGCUCACAGAAGAGCUCUGGGUGGAGAGAGGAUUCGUGUGUUUGGAGGCGCAGAAGAGUUCGCACCAGCGGUUCUGCAAAAUAUCCAGGAUAAGAAUGGACUUGAUUAAGACUUUCGCCGCAUUGAAAAGAUUUCAUUGCAUAAAGUGGAUAAAAUGGAAAUGAGUAGACAUUUUAAAUUCAAUACAUGUGAACGUUAGUGCAGAUCACAGAACUGAAAAAGGCUCCACAGUGGAGACUCUUUCCGUUAGUGCACAUUACAUCCAUAUCAUCUAUCUGUUCACCACAGAAGUUCACAUUUUCCGUCAGCAUGUUAAAAUGGAUAUGUUACAGAAUUAGUCAGAAGUGUUGAAGCAUUUUCAAGAUAUGAAGUGUUUUUACUCUUUAAAGUUGAACUUAAUUUUGCUAUUUGGAACAUAUUUGAGAAAAUAAGUAAACAAAUCUGAUAAAACACAGAAUAUCUUCUCAAGUACAUAUUCAGUUCAAAGUAUUGAAUUAAAGAUGAGCUACCGAAAAAGAGCAGAUUUUAAAAAGUGUGGUAGUAAGCGCUUAAAUUCCAAGAAUAGCCAUGGCUUUCAAGGCUGCAGUAGUAAGCUUUCUCAUUGGCAUAGUGGUGGCAGAGCCAGUGGCCCUGAAAGCUCCCACUUCGGUUUUGUCUGAGAGCACUGUCAACCUCGGCCUGAACCUGUACCACACCAUGGUGAAAGACCCCUCUCUGAAGUCGGAGAACAUUCUGUUCUCGCCUGUGGUGGUGGCCACUUCCCUCGGGGUGAUGAGCCUUGGUGCUAAGGACAAAACGGCCAGUCAGGUGAAGUCUCUCCUGCGCGUCAACCUCCACGAAGACAAGCUCCACCCAGCUUUCUCUGAGCUGUUCAACGACGUCAGCAAUGAAACUGCACGCAAUACCACCUGGAAGGUCGGCAGUCGCCUCUAUGGGCCGACGUCAGCCGAACUCAGACAGGAGUUUGUGGAGAAGAGCAGGAAGCACUACCGGCAUGACCACUCCAAGAUCAACUUCAGAGACAAGAGGAACGCCCUGAAGUCUAUCAAUGAGUGGGCUGCAGAAAACACAGGGGGCAGAUUGUCUGAAAUCACCAGAGAUUUACCGGGGUCUGAUGGAGCCAUGUUUGUCAACGCUAUGCAUUUCAAACCUCACUGGGGUGAAGCCUUCCACCAUAAGAUGGUCGAUAACAGAGGUUUCCUGAUGUCCAAAACCCACUCAGUUUCUGUGCCAAUGAUGCAUCGGACAGGCUUCUAUAAAUAUUACGAAGAUGAAGUCAACCAGUUGCAAAUCGUGGAGAUGCCACUUGGCCACAGGCAAACUAGUAUGAUGAUCAUCAUGCCUUUCCACGUGGAGCCUCUGGAGAGGCUAGAGAAGAUGCUGACCAAAGAGCAGCUCAGUGUCUGGUCUAACAAGCUUCAGGAGAGGGCUGUGGCUGUGUCUCUUCCUAAAAUAAACGUGGAUGUCAACCAUGAACUUCAGAAACACCUGCAGGAGCUGGGUCUGGCUGAAGCUGUUGAUAAGAGCAAGGCUGAUUUCUCCGGAAUGACUGGGAAGAAAGACCUGCACCUCUCCAACUUCCUUCAUGCUACUGCCUUUGACCUGGAUACAGAUGGCAACCCCUUUGACCAGGAUAUUUAUGGUCGAGAAGAGAUGAGGUCACCCAAGCUGUUCUACGUAGAUCACCCAUUCAUUUUCUUAAUCCAAGACAAGAAGACCAAUUCCAUUCUUCUCAUAGGAAGACUUGUCAAACCAAAUGGUGAUGGAAACCAUGAUGAAUUAUAACAAAGGAAAUAUAAAAGAGUAAUACUGUUACUUUUAAAAGACAUUUUGUACAUUCCAGGCACUUGAGGUAGUGUGGUCUGGGAACUGGUUUCACAUUGCUUAAGAAGAUCCUUUGAAAGAAGAAGAAUACAUUCACGUUAGCCUUUCAAAAAGCUGAAAGUUGACACCUUGUAAUAGAAACAUGUUUUUGCAUUGAAAAGGGACUGAGAAAAACGCUUGAUGUAGAUGACUGUAGCUGUUCUUCCUUCUUGUCAUAAUUGCUUGUUAGGAGGUGCUGUAUUUAAUCUUCCCCUUGUCUUUGAUGGUACUUAUGAUUGUAAGGUUUCAGUCCAUAAACACAAUGCACAGAAAUUAAUCUUACCACUAUUGUAACCUCCCAUCUCAGGACUCUUAGUUUGUAAUUUGUAGUUUGUUUCCAAUUGAAGUUUUUUUUAUUAUUUGAAACCUCAGGAAGUCAGUUUGAAAACGCUGAAGUACAUACCUGAAAAAUGUACUUUACAAGUUUUCAGUUUUGUGUUUGUUCUGGUUUGUAAUGUUUCUGUACAUAUGUGUAUUUUUAUUA